AGUAAUAAAUUGUCCACGUGGAAUAACAAGAAUGUACAAGUGGUUUAUUCUCUGGUUUUGAUUUUUGAAGUCCUGUGCAUGGAUGAAGCCUUGAUAACAGUCUAAGGCCAUGUUUUGAAAAUUUACACAACAGUCAAGGGCACUUUUGUCCUUGACUGUUGAAGCCUGAAGGACUCGUAAGUCAAAGAAAAGAUUUUAUCAGGUUUUGCUGCGCUUAUUUUCCUCUUUAUUCCGUUUGUCGGAGAGAAAAGUCCCGCCCAAGACUCUGCAGUUGUCUGCUUGUCGUGAUUCAUGGUAAUCAACACGGUGGUUUCUCAGUGAGUAGGAAUGAUAUUUCACUAAUCUCAGAAGCCCAUCAAGCUAUCCGAUCAUUUGAGCUUGUCCAUGGCUGACACGAUGACCCAAGCUCAAGAAGCCUCUACCUCCACUCAUCCAUGGAAUUAUGACGUCUUCAUGAGUUUCAGAGGUGAAUACACCAACAGGAACUUCAUCGAUCGACUGUACGCCGCCUUGGUCAAAAGGGGAAUCCACACCUUGAGAGACAACAGCGAAGAUGAACUCGAGAGAGGAAGACAGGCUCCAUCAGAGCCGAUGAGAAUAAUUCAAGAAUCAAGGGUUGCGGUCAUAGUUUUCUCAAGAAAUUACGCUUCUUCCAGUUGGUGCCUGGACAAACUUGUGAGAAUUCUAGAAUGCAGGAGAACAAUUGGGCAAUUGGUUCUGCCUGUUUUCUAUGAUGUCGAUCCGUCUGAUGUCCGGAAGCAAUGUGGGGAUUUUGCAGAAGCAUUUAAAAGACACGAAGAGGAAUGUUUUGGGGAUGUGUGGAUGAUGGAGAAGGUGCAGAGGUGGAGGACAGCUCUCACCGAAGUUGCGAAUUUGUCGGGGUGGGAUCUACGAAAUGUUGCCUAUAGGAAUCAGUCAAAGUUUAUACAGGGAAUUGUUGAAGGGGUAUUAACAAAAUUAAACAAUAAACUGUUGGAUGUCACUACCUACCUAGUUGGAAUGGAUUCCCGUAUGGGUGAUGUUUAUUCAUUGUUGAAUGUUUAUUCAAGUGAUAUUCGUAUUAUAGGGAUUUGUGGUAUGGGUGGAAUAGGCAAGACAACAAUUGCAAAGGCUGUCUAUAAUAUAACCUUCCGCAGAUUUAAUGGUAGAUGCUUUCUUCAACAUGUUAGAGAAGUAUCAGAACAACCCAAUGGUUUAGUUUGCUUACAAGAGCAACUUCUUUCUGGUGUAUUAAUGGAAAAGGACUUAAAGGUAAUCAAUAUUUCUGAAGGAAUUAAUCAGAUCAAAGAAAGACUUUCCAAUAAACGGGUUCUUAUUGUUCUUGAUGAUGUGGAUCAAUUAGACCAAAUAAAUGUAUUAGCUAGGGAGCGUGAGUGGUUUGGUUCAGGAAGUAGAAUCAUCAUAACAACUAGAGAUGAGCAUUUGUUAUAUGAGCUUGAAGUGGAUGAAAUAUAUAAAGCUACAGAAUUAACUGAAGAUGAGUCUAUCGAGCUCUUCAGUUGGCAUGCCUUUAGAAAAUACCAUCCAAUAGAAGGUUAUGUGGACCUCACAAACAAUCUAGUACGCCAUGUUGGAGGAAUUCCUUUAGCUCUUGAGGUUUUGGGUUCUUUUCUGCAUGACAAAAGAAGUAUACCUGAAUGGACAAGUGCCUUAGAGAAACUGGAAAAAAUUCCUCCCAAUCAAAUUCAGAAGAAGCUAAGGAUAAGUUUUGAUGCACUAAAUCAUCAAGAGAAAAAUAUAUUCCUAGAUAUUGCAUGCUUCUUUAUUGGAAUGGACAAAGACAUUGUAACUAUAAUAUUGGAUGGUUGUGAAUUUCCCUCAGAAUUUGGAAUUGGUAUUCUCGUUCGAAGGUCACUCAUGACAGUCAAUGAAAAGAAUGAGGUGAGAAUGCAUGAUCUACUUCGGGACAUGGGGAGGGAAAUUGUUCGUGAAGAAUCCCCAAAGGAGCCUGGAAGAAGAAGCAGACUGUGGUUCCAUAAGGAUAUUUUCGAUGUACUGACAAAACAAAGGGGAACAAAUGCAGUUGAAGGCAUUGUCCUAGAAGACUCAUCUGGAUUUAUUGAUGCAUAUAUGAGCACUGAAGCAUUUGCAAUGAUGCACAAGCUAAGACUGCUCCAGCUCAACUAUGUACACUUAAGUGGGGGUUUUGAGCAUCUUCCUAGGGAGUUAAGAUGGCUUUGCUGGCAUGGGUUCCCUUUGAAUUUUCUACCCAUGGAUUUUUAUCCGGAGAAUCUUGUUGCUCUUGACUUGCAACAUAGCAAGCUAAAACAACUUUGGAAGGAAACCAAGUUGCUUGCAAGACUGAAAAUCCUUAAUCUCAGUCAUUGCCAAUACCUAACCAAAACCCCAGAUUUCUUUGGACUCCCAAAUCUUGAGAGGUUAAUACUUGAAGGCUGUGUUGAUUUAAUUGAGGUUCACCAUUCCAUUGGACUUCUGGAGAAACUUGUUUUCUUGAAUCUAGAAAACUGUAGAAACCUUAGGAAUCUUCCAAGUAGCUUUUGUAAAUUAAGGUCUCUUGAAAACCUUAAUCUCUGUGGCUGCUCGAAACUAGGAAAGUUUUCAUUCAACUCAUGGUAUUCAUUCUUCAACUGUUGGGGAUCACCAAGAAGAAGCCAUGAUUUCAACCCUGUAGUACCAGGUUUAUGCUCCUUGACAAUGCUAGAUCUCACAGACUGCAAUUUGCGAGAAGGUGCGAUUCCCAGUGACAUUGGCAGCCUGUCUUCAUUGCAAUGGUUGUAUUUAGCAGGAAACAAUUUUUGCAGCCUACCAGCUAGCAUAAGUUGUCUUUCUCAUCUUCAAAGCCUUAGAAUGGAGAAUUGCACCAGACUAAAAUCAUUGCCCGAGCUUCCAUCAAGUUUGGCUCUCUUGUACAUAGAUGGUUGCACAUCAAUGGAGAGAUUAUCAAAUCUUGAAAGGUUAACCUCAUUGUUAGAGUUAAGUCUACGCAAAAACAAUUUCUACAACCUACCUGAUGGAAUUAGUCGUCUCUCUCAGCUCGAAAUCCUUAGGUUGGAGAAUUGCAAGAAUCUCCAAUCGCUCCCAGAGCUACCAUCAAGUUUAGGGGCCUUGUAUGCAGAUGGUUGCAUAUCAAUGAAAAGAUUAUCAAAUCUAUCCAACUUGCAGAACUUAUCAGCCUUGCUCCUGAACAACUGCAGCAGGCUUGUUGACAUUCAGGGCCUAGAGAGGUUGGAAUCUAUACAACGUAUUCACAUGGAUAGAUGCAACAGUCUGUCAAAUACUUUCAAGAAUACUCUCCUGCCGGUACUACAAGAACGUGGGAAGUUUGACAUUUUUCUUUAUGGGAACGAGGUUCCAGAUUGGUUUGAUCAUCAAAAAAUGGGAUCUGUCAUAUCUUUUGAGGUGCCCACACUUCUGGAUCGUAAGAUCCAGGGGUUGACCAUAUGUGCUAUUUUUGCCACAGAGAGAAAGGCAGAUGAAUUUGCAUUUCUUGCUUAUGCUAAGAUUAGUGAUAAAACAAAAGGUCUUGAAUGGAGAUACUCACCAAAAUUCCAUCAGGUUCCAAAAAUAACACAUCAACCUCACAUGUGGGUGGGCCAUAGAAGACAUAGUAAGUUUGGGAAUUGUUUGGAAAGUGGGGAUCAAGUAGAGGUUUCAAUAGAAACACAUUCAAUAAAAACUGCACUGCUGGUGAAGAAAUGUGGGGUUCAUCUAGUAUACGAGCCAAACGACAUGGAAUCCCAAACAGAUGGCCAAGCAUUGUUCCAUGGCACCACUUUUUUAAAACAUUUCACUGUUAAUGGAGAUGGAUCUGAAUUGGCAUUACUUGACAUGGAGACCAAUAAGGCAAGCCUUAAUGGCAGCGUGUCAGGAUCAAGUGAUGAUGACUGGUGCACUGAUGGCAUGGUGGGUCUUGAAGAAAAUAGUGGAUGGGACUAAAAUAUUUAUUUGGGCCAGAGUUAUUAGACAAUUCUAUUUUCAUUUUUUGAGGGUAAGUGCUGUAAUUUGUUCAUAUAAGUUUAAUGAUGGAUGAGAUAAAAUUCCCCUUCUGAAAAUAAAAUACUGUAAACUAAGAUUUAAAAACAUAAAAUGAAAACAUAAUCAAGGAAUUCCAAGUGUAUUUCUAUCUAAACAUUUCUUUAUGUUGUUCAAUUGCCAAGUAAAUAAAUGCUCAACUUUUUUUCUAUCUAAUAAAAAAAAGCCAUCCUUUAGUUAGAUAUAUGGGGUGUGCCCAAUCUGUCAAAGUCCAGUAUCUAAUUCUGUUCACCUAUAGGACGAGUCAAAAUUACAUGUAAAGAUUAAUAAUUACAUCCUUUCUCUAUAAAGAGUCUGAAUUCUCAUGCCCUUGAUCAAGUCAAUUCCUACCUUUAGAAGGAAUUUUUAUGACCGGAAGCUGCAGCAAUCAAUGACUUGCUAUCUCUGCUGCACAAUCAGCAACUUAUCUUGCUGGCGCAGGACUCUAGGAAGUAGAAAUAGUCCAAAUCAGGUUUGUUUUCAGUUAGCUCAUUCUAUCAUAGUUUAUUGGAGGAGAAAGACAGAUCUUUCAUCACCAUCAAAAAUCAAUUUUUUUGCAUGGGAGUCAACCUGCUAUAUAUUGAAUGCUCUCUUUGUUUUGGGGAAGUU